UGAAAGUUUCCAGGAAUUAAGUCCAGUUUCGUUUCAAUACAGGGUAGGUGAAAAUGGUGAUCCCAAAGCCUUCUUAAUAGAGAUUUCCGGACAGAAACAUAUCCCCAGACACCUCCAGUUAUAUCUAUGAAUGCUUUUUUUAACACCACCAUAUCAUCAGCUGUAAAGCAGAGUAUAUUAGCCAAGUUACAGGAGGCAGUGGAAAUUAACCCUGGGACCGCCGUGACUUACACUUUGUUUGAAUAUGCCAAGGACAAUAAAGAGCAGUUCAUGGAGAAUCACCAUCCCAUUAAUUCCGUGACACCCAUAAGCAAUAUUGUCUCUGUUGAAACUCCUAAUAGAGCCCCAUCAAGUAAGAAAAAAGACAAGAAAGAACAACUUUCAAAAGCCCAGAAGCGUGAGCUGGCAGACAAAACAGAUCAUAAAGGAGAACUUCCUCGAGGAUGGAACUGGGUUGAUGUGGUAAAGCAUUUAAGCAAAACUGGCUCAAAAGAUGAUGAAUAGUGCUUGGAGUUUGAGACAAGGCGAGAACAUCCUUCAAAAAGUAACCUGGUUCAAAGUCUCUCAUUACUUUCUUCUAUUGAGGUGGCUUUUUAUAAAACAGAAUUUUUUUGUAUGUUUCUUACAUAAAAAAUGUUUGAAGCUGAAAGUUCAUUAAGACAUCUGGUCGUAUUAAAUUAUUUUUACAAACUUGCCUUAAUAAAAGGUGAGAAUGUUACUGUUCAGUACACUUUAUGAAGCAGUUGAACUUUGUAAAUGGACAAACAUUGAGAAUAAUAAAUAAUCAGUGUUAAUUAAAAA